AUGCUUCGUAAUUUUGGUCGAAUUGCGACAAAUGUUUGUCGUCAACAUCGUAUUGCUUUUGAAGUUGUUCGAACUCUUGCAUCAACACCACUUAACAUGCCUUCUCUUUCCCCAACAAUGAGCGAAGGAACAAUCAUUAGAUGGCUUAAAAAAGAAGGCGAAGAAGUUAAUCCUGGUGAUGCUUUAUGUGAAAUUCAAACAGAUAAAGCAACUAUGACUCUCGAUACUGAAGACGAAGGAAUUCUUGCUAAAAUUCUAAUGCCUGAUAAUUCAACUGAUGUUAAAGUUGGAAAAUUAAUUGCACUUCUCGUUGAAAAAGGUGAUGAUUGGAAAAAUGUUGAAGUACCAAAGACUGAAGAAAAAAGUUCAAGUUCAAAAAGUACAGAAACUAAAAAAGUCGAAACAAAAGAUAAACAAGAAAAACAAGAAAAACCUAAAAGUGAUAAACAACAAGCUGAACAAUCUCAUCAUGCUAUUGGUCCAGCUGCACGUACUCUGUUAGACCAAUAUGGUAUUGAAUCUUCAAAAAUAAAAGGCACUGGACCACAUGGUGUUGUUAUGAAAAGUGACGUACAAAAAUAUAUUGACAGUAACCAACUUAAAGUUAAAUCACAUAGUGAGGAAAAGAAAUCUACUACUAAACAGACAACAUCGGACACACCAAAAAAACAACAAAUUUCAGAAUCAGGAGGACGUCGAUAUCAUGAUAUAGAAAUCUCAUCUAUUCGUCGAGCUAUUGCUAAACGUUUAACAUAUUCAAAAACAAAUAUACCUCAUCAAUAUAUAAGUAUAACAUCUAAUGUUGAUCAAAUACUUAAAUUACGUAAGCAAAUGGUUAGUGAUCCAAAAGCAACAGUUAAAGUAUCGGUGAAUGAUUUUAUUAUUAAAGCAGUCGCAUCAGCACUUCGACAAGUACCACAAAUGAACGGUAUUUAUGAUGAUAAACAAGGUCUUAAACUUCAAUCAUCAGUGGAUGUAAGUGUUGCAGUUGCAACUGAUAAUGGUCUUAUAACACCAAUUGUAUUUAAUGCUGAUCGUUUAUCGGUACAAGAUGUUAAUGGACAAGUUCGUCAAUUAGCAACAAAAGCUAAAGAUGGAAAAUUAAAACCGAAUGAAUUUCAAGGUGGUUCAUUUACAAUAUCGAAUUUAGGUAUGUUUGGUAUACGAUCAUUUUCGGCUGUUAUUAAUCCACCACAAAUUGGUAUAUUGGCUAUUGGUCAAAAUCUUCUUAAACAUACUGGUGAUGAUUUAAAAGCUGAAAAUCAAUUAACUGUUACAUUAUCUUAUGAUGCUCGUGCAUGUGAUCCUCAAUCAAGUGCAUUAUUUCUUCAAGCAUUUCGAUCAUAUAUGGAGAAUCCUAAUAUGCUUCUAUCGAACAACAAAUCAGAAUCAAUUCUUAACUUUUAA